CCAAUCUCUAUAACUCAUACGGGUAGAACAAGUAUCCUAACGAUCAUUAAACAAAGAACUAACUACCAACAGGUUGAUGAUUAAUUAUUGAACAAAAGAAUCUUAAGUAAACAAAUCUAGUAAUCGUUAGUGGGAAGCCUGUAAUCUCUAUGAUGUACUAUACUAUAUACAUAGACCUUUGGUGAGCAAAGUAAACUCCAUCUAUAUAUCACCACAAAACAAAACAAGAAAAUGGCUUCGUGGAACCAUCAGCUCUUGAAAUGUUGUAUUCUUCUAGCUUUACUUGUGAUGGUGCAGGCUCAAACCAACCGGAAACUUCUUGACAACAACACACCUGCUGCAUCAUACUCUUAUUUCAAGCAUCCAUCGAUGGAUUCUCGUCAAGAUUAUCUUCCUUCUUCCCACCGUUCACUUGGUGCUCAAUAUUACCAGAGAUCACCACCUCCACCACCACCAAAGAAAAAAGGAUAGAAAAAAAACGGUAUCUAAUCUAAACCAGUGGUCGUGGAGAAGACUCGUGUAAGUUGGUGUCAUGUUUGGAAAUAACAUUUUAUGUUCUCAUGUUUGUUUCUUUAUUCAUAUGUUUUUCCAAAGCAAUAUCUGUGUUUAUUUUCUCUGCUUAUCUCUUG